UAAAAUAAUUCCAAAUGAGGCUGUUCAUGAAAAAAUGCCUAAGAAAAAAGCCCCAAGAAUUAAAACCCGGUGCUAUUUUGGAUGCUGUCAUUUCACAGUCAUCGGCAACGGCCAGCAAAUGUUUGCUCUAUAAAUUGGCCGAUUAUAAAAGGGGUGGUGACCUUAUUGAUGCCAUUAACACCGGUGGCCUGGUGGCUGUGGAACAAUUGAUACGCGAACAAUUUGGUAUUUUUAUGUACAACGAUGGUAAGGGUCAGGUCAUUAAUCGUGCCGAGUUCUUGCGAUGGAAAUAUCGAGACCAUACCGAAGUGACCAUACCCAUCGAGGCCUCGUUGUCAAUACAUGACCCAUUGGGUAAAUGGAAAGAUCAUAGUGCCUGUUGGCAAAUGCAGUAUCGUGGGGCGUUGGGUGAAAGUCUGCUUCAUGUCCUCAUUAUAUGUGACUCGAAAAUGCACACGAAGUUGGCACGUAUUUUACUGAGAGUAUUUCCCCGCUUGGCUCUGGAUGUUAUUGAAGGGGAGGAGUAUUUGGGCGCCAGUGCUUUACAUUUGGCCAUUGCCUAUAGUAAUAAUGAAUUGGUUGCUGAUCUAAUUGAGGCUGGAGCAGAUAUAAAUCAAAGGGCUAUUGGAAGUUUCUUUUUGCCCAAAGACCAACAGCGAGCUAAUCCGGCCAAGAGUACUGAUUAUGAAGGUUUGGCUUAUAUGGGAGAAUAUCCAUUGUCAUGGGCAGCCUGCUGUGCCAAUGAGAGUGUUUAUAAUUUGUUGAUUGAUCAUGAUGCUGAUCCCGAUGCUCAGGAUAGUUUUGGUAAUAUGAUCCUACAUAUGGUUGUGGUGUGCGAUAAAUUGGAUAUGUUCGGCUACGCAUUGCGUCAUCCCAAGACACCGGCCAAAAAUGGUAUUGUCAAUCAUGCCGGUCUAACACCCCUAACACUGGCUUGUAAAUUGGGUCGUGCUGAAGUAUUCAGGGAAAUGUUAGAACUGUCCGCCAGAGAAUUUUGGCGUUACAGUAAUAUCACCUGUUCGGGUUAUCCGUUGAAUGCAUUGGAUACUUUACUACCAGAUGGAAGGACCAAUUGGAAUUCCGCCUUAUUCAUAAUUUUAAAUGGUACCAAGGAAGAACAUUUGGAUAUGUUGGACGGUGGCAUUAUACAACGUUUGCUGGAGGAGAAAUGGAAAACAUUUGCACAGAAUCAAUUUCUAAAGCGUCUACUGAUCUUGGUGGUACAUCUAUUGUGCCUCUCUACAUCGGUGUAUUUAAGGCCAGCCCAUGAUGGAGAUGAUGACGAGGAGGAAAAUGCAUCUACAAAUGGAGUAGCAGCCAAUGGAGAUGAUUUGGACAACGAUGAAUAUGACAUACAGACCAUAGUGAGAUAUUGUGCUGAGCUGUGCACCAUUGCAGGGGUACUGAGUUUUUUGAUUUUUCAACAAGGCGAUGAAAUAAAGAAUCAAGGAUUAUCCGCAUUUCUCAAGCAAUUGUCUCAUGCCCCAGCAAAGGUAAUAUUUUUGGUCUCAAACCUAAUGAUAUUGGCCUGCAUACCGUUUCGCAUCAUGGGCGACACGGAUACAGAAGAAGCCAUUCUCAUAUUUGCUGUACCAGGAAGUUGGUUUCUUCUAAUGUUCUUUGCAGGGUAAUUUAAAGUUUUGGAAGUAGUCCAUAUUAAUGAUAUUUCGGAUUUCAGAGCCAUCCGCCUCACGGGACCUUUUGUAACCAUGAUAUAUUCCAUGAUCACGGGUGACAUGUUUACUUUUGGCAUAAUUUAUUCCAUUGUUUUGUGCGGUUUUUCUCAGGCCUUUUAUUUUCUUUACAAGGGCCAUCCUCAGCUACAGUCAACCAUGUUCGACACCUUUCCCAGUACAUGGAUGGCUUUAUUUCAGACCACAUUGGGUGAUUAUAAUUAUCCCGAUCUCAAUCAAACAACCUAUCCGAACUUAUCGAAAACCGUUUUCGUUAUAUUCAUGAUAUUCGUCCCUAUUUUGUUGUUGAACAUGUUAAUUGCCAUGAUGGGCAACACCUAUGCCCAUGUCAUCGAACAAUCCGAAAAGGAAUGGAUGAAACAGUGGGCCAAGAUUGUGGUGACCUUAGAACGGGCUGUUCCUCAGGCUGAUGCUAAAAAUUAUUUAGAGGCUUAUUCCAUACCACUGGGUCCUUCUGAUGAUUCUGGUUUUGAAGUGAGGGGUGUAAUGGUAAUCAAAAGCAAAAGUAAGACAAGAGCCAAACAACGCAAGGGAGCGGUAUCAAAUUGGAAGAGGGUGGGUCGUGUGACACUCAAUGCAUUGAAAAAACGUGGUAUGACUGGUGAAGAAAUGCGACGACUAAUGUGGGGACGAGCGUCCAUAUCAAGUCCCAUUAAGGUAGCAAAAAAGAAAUUGAAAGAUCCCUAUAAUUUGAAUCAGGAAGUUGGAGGACAAUCCAAUCUAACCAAUGCCAUGGAUAUGUUAAAUUUUGCUAAUGAUCCUGCAUCCAGUUCUGGAUUGGCUUUAAGAACUUCUACGAAAGCAGUAGAUAAGAAAGAUGUAAUACAAACUCCCGCUCCAGACCCCCUGCGUGAUUUAGUACUUUUGGCCGAAGAAAAACCAGAAAUACACGAUCCACAAUUCUAUUCUGCAUUAAUACAAUUGGCCAACAAGGCCUAUGAUUUGGUCAAAAAGACAAUUGAAACCCAACAGCAACAACCACAGGUAGAGGAGUCAAAGCCUCCCACCGAGGCCACCAGCUUGAAAGAUGUUACAUUAACAAAACAACCUGAUCCUGUGCCUAAUGAAACUGGUAUUCUUGGUGACAUGGGUAUGGGUGCAAAUCUGACGAAUCUAUUUCAAGACCCCAAAGAUAUUGUGGAUCCAAAGAAGCUGGAACAAUUUUUGAAAAUGGUAGCAGAUGUGGAGACCGAGGAAAGUGAUGGUGGAGGUCCGAUUUUGGGAAAACUUUCGUUGGCCAGAAGGACACGAAACGCACUAUUUAAGGUACCCAUUCCAAAAAGCACUCUUGGCGACAGCUCGGAUAAAUUAAUUAAUUCGGUGUGGGAAAAGGUUCCCACCGACAAUGAUGAGGAUAGUAUUCCGGCUUUCGAUUUCCAAGAAGCUUUGGCUGAGCAUGUUCUCACAGUGGAACAAGAAGCCGAUGUGGAAACCGAAGAUGCUAAUGAUGAUUCAGGCGAGACAAUGGAUGAUAUACCAACUGCGGAGGAGGUACACGCUACCAUGAAACAGUUUCAUUUGCGCAAACGUCAAUAUCAGCAGGAUGAUGCAGCAAGGCGUGCUAAAACGGCUCGAAUAAGGCGCAAAAAUAAAGUUUCUCCGGAUUAUGCUGGGGAAGACUAUUAUGGGGGACGAGGACGAUCGGCACCCAUGAAAAAGAAACAUGAUGAGGGUAAAAUAUCACCUCCAGAUCCAUUGGAACCUUGGAGUACACGAGAGUUGCAAAACAUUAAUAAAAUUCUAGCUAAAAAGUGA